AUGGACGUAACUAAACCUCGUCGCGAAGACUAUCGAAACUACAGAUCUCGAUCGCGUUCACGAGUGCUAUCUGCCUCACACUCCCCGGUCUCCGAUCAUUCUCGACACCGUCACCACCACCACCACCACCAUCACCAUCACCAUCACAGCAGCAGUGAUAGACAUGCAAGAUCCCGUUCACCAGAAAAAAACAGCAGGAAAUUUGGCAGACGAAAGCAUGAAAAACGGGAAGCGGACAUUCCAGUCGACCUUCCAUUUGGCUCAAGACAGCUUUCGAAACAUGAUUUGCGGCAGUUGAUGCCCAUGUUCGCGCUGUAUCUGGACAUACAAAAGAAUUUGGAUGUAGCGGAGCUGGAUGAGCGUGAGGUAAAAGGUAGAUGGAAGAGCUUUGUGGGAAAAUGGAACCGUGGAGAACUCGCUGAAGGAUGGUACGAUCCGACCACUUUCGAAAAGGCGCAACAGAACAGUGCAUCCGGAUUUAAUGACCGGGAAUCUACAAAUGGCCCGCGGGCUUCCCCGGCUUACGAUGAAUAUUACGAAAGGUCUAGUGGGAAGAAUACAAGCGAACCCCCUGGCGAGCGUUCAAAUAGUGCUGCCAUUCUAUUAAGCGGCAAAAGCGAAUGCAGCGGAGAUGGAGACGAGGACGAGGACGAGGAAGAAUCCUACGGCCCCAAAUUCCCGGCCCGGGACACCUCACUUGCAAUGGAACCCUCAAAUUCCAGGAGCAAUAGAGCAGUACAAAAAUCCGGCCCAACAAUUCCUACCGUCCAAGACCUUCAACUUCAACGAGAAUCCGAAAAACAAUCCCAAACAGCCUCCCUAGCCGCCCAACACAAACAAACCACCCUCGCCCGUACCUCCCACAAGGCCCUUGUCCGCGCCGCAGAGGAAGAAAUAGCCCCACGCGCUGAACCCGGCACCCGCGAGCGACGGCUAGAGAAGAAGCGGGAAGCCGCAGCGGCCAAUCGCGCCUUUGCCGAUGCAAAGUGGGGUGGAGACGACGAUGGUGUUGUGGGCGAUGAGGAGCUGAUGGGUGCAGGCAGCGACCUUGCCCAGUUGAAGAAGGAGAAGGAGAAACUUGCACGGAAGAAGAAUGAAAGGGAGCUCCGGCGGGAGGAGACGUUGAGGGCGAGGGCGGCGGAGCGGGAGGAGAGGCUGAAGUCGUAUCGGAGGAGGGAGGAGGAGACGAUGAGUGUGCUGAAGGCGUUGGCGAAGCAAAGGUAUGGCUGA